AUGGCAGUUCAGCUGGCUUGGCGAGGACCUGUUUCGACCGCAGCCUCUCCGUACCUUCAACGCCGCUCUUCACUUGGCCAACUCGCUUCUCGUCCUGGCCCUGUUGCGCGAACUGGACCUCCAUCGGCGGUGGAGCUGCAUCGCCGCUGCACUUUUUGCGGCACAUCCCGUCCAUGUGGAGAACAUCGUGUACCUCGUGGGUCGUGCAGAUGCUCUUGCCACUUUUGGAUGGCUUCUGGCAGCCAUUGCCCAGAUCCGUGCGAGACGGGCGUGGCAGGCUUCCGAGAAGCCUCCGCGCUUGGCCUGCGCGCUGCUGGUGAUGCUUUGCGGCCUCUUGGCCACGGUGUCCUGCCUCUGCAAGGAGAUGGGAAUUACGCUCUUGGUGUUCACCGCCGGACUGGAGCUAGUCAGUUGCAAACCCCGCCAGCGAUGCCUGGCCACAGGCGCACUGCCUUUGGCCGUUGCCUCACUGCUUCUCUUUGCCGUCUUGGCCUCCCUCCGCUUCGUGAUGACGCAG